GAUUCAGUAAACGUGGAUUCUGUGAACGUCAUCCAAGUGAUCCGGGACCCACAGUGGCCGACUGGUGUUCAAAGCUCUGUCCAAAGAUUGCAGGCAGCCAUGAUACCGCCAACUGGCACCAUAACACUAUCGUUUAUGGGUAUUCCUAUCACACCAUUUCCGUUCAAUUUUGUGGACAGUAGUGUCAUUGAACGGGCGUUGGAGACACACCCGUUACUUACUAAUGUCAGAGUGGGUGUCUCUGGCACAUGCUGGGAUCUGAAAGUGAACAUUGAAUUUCUAUCCAGCGGUGGAGAUCAACCACUUCUCGAGGUUGUGGAUACAUCCGACAUCGCGGAAAAUAAUGCGGUGGUGACAGUACAAGGAGUUACGGAUGGCUAUUUGAGACUAUGCCCCAUUCCUGGGGAUAUGCUCGCCAAAGUGGAAAAAGAUCCACAGAUUCGUGUCUACGUGAACGAUAUACCGACCGUAUGCGGGCGACCGUGUACACACACGGUUGACAACUCCCUGAACCCGAGCAUCACCGAAGCCUCUGUGACAGGAUCUUCGAGUUACAGCCUGGUUGUAACGGGUGUUGGAUUUGAUGCCAACUCGCCGGAAGCGAACAUUCUGCAAUGGCUCGGCCCGGAAAACGAGGUCGUUGAGACAGCAAACGCGCUCACAGCGUCCGAAACACAACUGGGAUUUUACUCACAGACUUUGGAACAAUUUCAAGCCGGGACACAAAAUGCUCGAAUACUGGUAAAAUCUUCCGGGGUUAGUGAGGUGUACAGUGUGGAUUUGGGCACAGCGAGUGCAACCAUAAACUCAAUUACACCGAACACCGGGGCUCUUGGUGGAGGAAUUAUCGUGGAGAUAAGUGGUUCACGAUUUGAUCCGUACAAUCCGAAAGUGUACAUUGAUGAUGCCUUGUGUCCUGUUUUGUUCGCCUCGAAAACGAUCAUCCAAUGCACGGUGCCCGAAUCGACAACCGAUGGGGAUAAACCUGUUACGGUGGUGCAACUAGGAAUCACCAUUUCAAACUCAAUUAUCUUCACCUAUGACGCAUCUAUCACCCCGGAAAUCGUCUCCGCGCAGCCCAGUACAAAUAUUCCACUAGCAGGUCAAAACGGUUGGUACACCGGCUCUCAAGUCUGCACUAUGCAAGCGCAGACAAAAAGUGAGGGCGCGUGUGACCAUCCUCUGGAUCCAGGUUAA